AUGAAACUGUUCAUCACCCAAACACGAAGAAGAAGACGACCAAACAGGAAGAUGAAGAAGGCAGCUGAUGGUGACAUUUCUUAGCAGGUUCUAUGCUUCAACUAAGGACAUCUGCAGAAGAAGAAAGUAGUUGUGAAAUUUCCCAGCUCAGACAAGCAGUGUUACAAAACGAUGACAGACUCCUUGAUGAGAUGCUCUGCCAAGAAAUCUAUAAGAAAGUCAUCAACUGCAGAGGUGGCUGGGGCAUCGCAGGCACGCCUCUACACGCUGCGGUGUCUAAAGGCCACCUCAGCUGUCUGCAGGUCCUGCUAGCCCACGGUGCCCUGUUGGACUGUGUAGAUGUCAAGGCUCAGACGCCUCUCUUCGCAGCCGUUCGUGGGAAAUACCUGGACUGUGUCUUAGCGCUCCUCAAAGCUGGUGCCAACCCCAACGGGAGCUCAUCCAACAACUGCUCACCUGUCCUCACUGCUGCUCGGGAGGGAGAUGCGGAGAUAUUAAAGGUACUGCUUAAACACGGCGCCGAGGUGAACUCUCGCUCCAAAGUCCUGCUGUGGACUUCCAGCGCAAGGGUAUCCAGCGGGCCGCUGUACCUUGCUGCCGUUUACGGACACAUGGAAUGUUUCAAACUACUGCUCCUCUAUGGGGCAGACCCAGAUUAUAACUGCACAGAUGCAAAGCUGCUGAGUUCCAUCAAGCAGCCCAAAACAGUGCUGGAGAUGUGCCUCAGGCAUGGCUGCGGCGUGGAGUACAUCCAGCUUCUGAUCGACUUUGGUGCAAACGUCUACCUCCCUACGCUGAUCAUCGAGAAGUCCACGAAGCAGAAUGAGGCUGUGGAGCUGCUUUUGCAGGAAAGAGGAAAUCCAAAGGCCUUGACUUCACAGUGCCGACUCACCGUCCGAAGAUACCUCAAAAAGAUCAACAAGAUCCACUCUAUCGACCAGCUGGAAAUGCCAACAAGUCUCAUUAACUUCCUGCAACACAAGCCUGUCCCAGUCACUGUCCUGUAGCUAUGUGAGCUGAAGGCACAUUAUGUACAUGUAUUUUUAUUUAGGCUAAAGCUUUUUGUUUUAUUUGUAGAUUAUGAGCUACCUUUUAUCACUUCUGUCUGUUCAUGUGCUGCUCUGUUAAGCCUGAUUGUUAACUCAAAACAUUAAAUAUGUGGAUCAGUGGUGUGCA